AUGCCCCAACCCAUUGCCUUGGCGGAUCGCAUGAGCGUGCCCAGGCCACACAAGGUCAAGGUCAAGGGACGCGGUCGCGCGCCAGCAGCAAAAUCCCCCAACAUGGCAGGCAACCUGAACGCGCCUGCCGUUCGUCCAAAGUGGUCGACUCGUGGGUGGAAGCCGUACGUGGCAGUCCGUCCCAAGGACCGUGUCGCCAGUGUUGCCAGUCCCAGUACCAAGCGCCUACCCUUCGCCAGGGCCUGGGAUGAAUACUACCGCGCAACCAGGUCGGAGCGUUCCAACGACUACGACCGGGACCGCUACUCUGAUGACCACCGCGGUUAUGAGGAGUCCCACAAACGCACUCCAGGUGGCCAGCAUGACCCAUCUGGCCAGCGCGGUUCGCCAUCUCGACCUAACGACAACAUCAGCCGCAGCCCUCCGUCUCCCAGCUACCCCCGCCGCACGAGCCCCCCCUCACCGUCCUGCCGCCACCAAGGUGUCCACAGUCCAGACCGUAGCUCUGAAUACCCAAGGAAACACCCACGCUCCUACGAGAAUGAGUACACCCCUUGGUCUCUUCCUGCCAGCUGGGCCGCUCGUCGCCCACUGGAGAGCCGCCUCACCGACCAAUACUCCCCCCCUCGGAACUUGGUCACGCGCGACGAGCGUACGGUAAUCGUCGGUCCUCUCCCCCGCGACGUUCGCCCUGAGGACGUCGUCAGGCUCAUGGUCUGUGGAGUUGGCCCUGUCAGAAGUGUCAAGAUGGAGGGCGACAUGGCAAUUAUUGUCUUUGAAGAGGGCGAUGCCGAGCGGGCAAAGGAGCGUUUCCACAACAAGGUCGUCGACCAACGCUACCGCCUCUCCGUCGUCUCCUUGCCGGACUACGAGCGCGCCCAAAGGACGCCAACGAAGCGCCGAUACAGCCCAUCCCCGCCGCGUUCCCCUCCGACGCCUCGCCCUAGGGCCGUGUGGUCGCCGUACACUCCUCGCCGUAACCGUUCCGACGCCAUGCUCGUCGAUGACUGA